GUGCUGUGGGCGGAAGUAGUAAAGCGACGCAGCGGGUUUUCAGUCCAGAGCUGCGCAUAUAGUCUGCGGGACUUUCUGAGCUUUAACCCGAACAUGAAGCAGAACUGCACCGUCCCGGCCUUCCUCACCAAGCUAUGGACGCUGGUGGAGGACGGAGACACCAACGAGUUCAUCUGCUGGAGCCAGGAAGGAACCAGCUUUUUGGUUCUGGACGAGCAGCGCUUUGCCAAGGAGAUCCUCCCCAAGUUCUUCAAGCACAACAACAUGGCGAGUUUCAUCCGGCAGCUGAACAUGUACGGGUUUCGUAAGGUGAUGCACAUCGAUACAGGCAUCGUGAAGCAGGAGAGAGACGGUCCAGUGGAGUUUCAGCAUCCUUACUUCAAACAUGGACAGGAUGACCUGCUGGAGAACAUCAAGAGGAAGGUUUCUAACACUCGGCCGGAAGACAACAAGAUCCGACAGGAUGACCUGACCAAGAUCCUGGCCAGCGUUCACAGCGUCCACAGCAAACAGGAGAGCAUUGACGCCCGGCUGGCAACACUGAAGAGGGAGAAUGAAGCUCUGUGGAGAGAAAUCUCAGACCUGAGAAAGAAACAUUCUCAUCAGCAGCAGCUCAUCAAGAAGCUGAUCCAGUUUAUCGUCACGUUGGUGCAGAACAACCGAAUCCUGAAUCUGAAGCGUAAAAGGCCGAUUCUGAUGAACAGCAACGGAAAAAAGUCCAAAUACAUCCAUCAGAUCUACGAGGACAAACAGUCGACAGUAAACAGUCUGAACGGAGUGAAGAACUCAGAGGUGUCAGAAGACAUCAUCAUCUGCGACCUGACCGAGAACGAAGCCGAGGUGACAGCGGAGAUUACCGAGGAGUUGCCCAGAGCCUUCGAACAGGGAGAUGUGGAGAUUGUGGAGGUGGAGGUGGACAGUUGUGGCGUUCUGCCGACUGAGACAGAGGUGAUCACCAGCGACAACAACAAACCGACCGACGAUGGGCAGCGGAGCAGCUCAUUGGACGGCAGCAAACCAACUAGCAGCUCAUUGGACGACAGCAAACCAACUAGCAGCUCAUUGGACGACAGCAAACCAACUAGCAGCUCAUUGGACGGCAGCAAACCAACUAGCAGCUCAUUGAACGGCAGCAAACCGACCAGCAGCUCAUUGAACAGCAGCAAACCGACCAGCAGUGCCCUGCAGCUGAACAAAGCGUCUGGCCUGAGUCUGGAGGACCCGGUGAAGAUGAUGGACUCCAUCCUGAAUGAGAACGGAGCCAUCUCUCAGAACAUCAACCUGCUGGGAAAGGUGGAGCUCAUGGACUACCUGGACAGCAUCGACUGCAGUCUGGAGGACUUCCAGGCCAUGCUGUACGGGAAACAGUUCGGCAUAGAUUUUGAAGCUCUGGAGGAGAACGUGUCUUCCAAAGAGAACCCGAGCCAGCAAAACCGAAUCAGGACGGAUGACGACAACACAGAUAAGCAGCUGAUCCAGUACACCUCCUGCCCCCUGCUGGCCUUCCUGGACGGCUGCACCCCUCCUGCAGAGCUGGACCUGGGCAGCAGCUCCUCCAGCUCCCACCUCCAUCCCUCCACUCCCCCCGUGGAGGCCGAGCCACCCUCGGAGCUGCUGGACGUCGGCCUGGAGGCCAAGCAGCCUCCUCGCAGCUCCCUGAUCCGCCUGGAGCCUCUGACGGAGGCUGAGGCCAGUGAGGAGACGCUGUUCUACCUGUGUGAUCUGAGUCCGGCUGACGCCGAGUUCUGCCAGCUGUCCAGAACCGUGUGACGGUUCAGCAGGAGCUCACCUGCAGCCAGGUGUCUGGUGGAGCAGGACUGGAAGGAGCUUUUCUGUUUUAGGCACUGAGUCACAGAAAUGAAGUCUGUUUGAUGAAGCUGAAUAAAUAAAUACUCAGACCUUUCUGCUGCACUUCACCUGCUGUAGCUGGAAAACUUUAUUAGUUUAACCAAUCAGUGGCUGUGGGCGGAGCUAAGGACAGGUGCAGCAGUGAAGGAGGAGGAGUUCCAGCUGAGAACGUUAAAAUGGAACAUUUUCUGAAUAAUCAGAGCUGCUAUGCUGCUUCCAGACGUCUGAAGGUUUCUGCAGUAAAACAUUAAAACAAUCUGACAGGUAGAAAACUCAGGUCUGUACCCGAUGAUUAGAGAAACACGCUACACGUCUUUACAUACAUGUUUCUGUACAGACUCCAGCUGAUCAUCUGUGGUCACCCAAAGCAUGAUGGGAGCUGUAGAUUUUAAAUAUAACACUCAGCCUCAGAUUGAUUAGUCAUAUUAGAGACGCUUCAUUCUGCUGUAGAACUGAACUUCUUCAUUUUCAGUCCAACAGUUUCAAUCCUGAAGGUUUCAGUGAAAAAUAUAAAAUAUAAAAAUAUCGUGAAAGACACAAACUGUGGAAAUGAAGCACAGCAGAGUCCAUCUCUCAGCUCCACGUGGUCUCCAUUUCCUCCAGAGACUGUGUAAAUAUAAGAAUCUAUUUAUUCUGGUUUCUGUACUUCUUUUGCCACGUCUGUCCACAGAGCUACAUUCCUUCAGUGUCCCGAUGGAACAUCCUGUUUAUACAACACCUGAGUGUCGACUGUAAAUGUGGAUCCAGAGAAUCAGGAGCCUGUAAAGAACCUGUCAGCAGUGAAACAAUAAAACUGUGUCCGUUUA